CGCCAGCGACGAGAGCAUGACGACAUCCUCUUCCUCCUCAUCCAUGCAGCUUCCUCGAUCCCCGCCGCAGCUAGCCUAGCCGGCCGGCCGGCCACAUAGAUGCCCGCGCUCAUUCACACGAGCAUGCGCAUUAAAUCAUCUGACGUCACUUUACGUGUUUAGCAACGCUACAUAAACCGCCCUUCUUCCUUGACAACUCCAUUUUUGUAUUUUUUGGCAGCUGCGCGAGUUGUGCUGCUUUCGAGCAGAAAAGAAAGGAGAUUUUGUUGUUUAGCCAGUCACCCGAGGCCAGUAAUGUAGUCGGCCGUCGUCUCUAACAGUAAAGUGCACGCUGUGAGUGUUGUCGCAGUGUAGAAAGUGUAGGCUGUAGUCAGGUAGCGAGAGAGAGUCGGUAGUCGGAGAGAGUGGCCAGAACUGACGGUCACUAGCUCCUCCAGCCAUGGCCUCCCCUCGCCCCUCGCCUCACGGCAAAAAAUAUAUGAUGUUCACCAGAAACAAUGUCCAGAGAGCUGUCAGGAACGUGAGGGAUACUUAUUAUCUGGGGCUCUAUUUGGGUGUCCCUGACUGGAGACUGAAGGAAAUUAAGAGUCAGUUCAGAGGAGAUGAGGGACGACAGGUGGAGAAAUAUGUCACCUACUUCAUGGACCACGACCCACUAGCCUCCUGGAGACGAGUUAUUGUUGUUCUUGAUCAGAUGAAACAGUUUGGAGGGAAAGAGGCUGCAGAUAAGAUACGACAUCUGGCGGAGUCUGUCACAGACCCCACACUCACUAUCAACAACCUCCGUCACGUCACCUCUUCAGUCCAGGACUGGCAUCGUCUGGGGGACUAUUACUAUGGUCUUGGUGUUCCUAGUCCUGUGCUGGAUGAGAUCAGGAAGGAUGCUGCCCUGACAGAGGAGGAGAAGAAAACAAAGGUCCUACUCUACUUCCUCCACAAUGUCCCGAUGGCCUCCUGGGAGAGAGUUGCAGGAGCACUGUACUACAGGGAGGAGGAGAGGGCAUUACAGGCAGUGAAGGAGUUCCUGCCAGUCUCACCAGAGGCCAGUCUCACCCCAGAGAGCCUCUCCACAGUUCUAGACAUCAUGAGUGACGCUCUGUGGAGGGAGUUUGGUAGAUAUGCCAACAUACCAGACUCUGAGUUGGACAGGAUCGAGGCACAGUGUACCAGUGACAGAGAGUGCAAACAGGCCCUCAUUCUCUCCUUCAUCUCCUCACAUCCAGCACCAUCCUGGACUCUUGUGGCAUGGGCUCUCUACAUGACUGAGCAGGACGAGGAUGACGGCAGUUGUCUCAGAGCAUUGGAUCACCUGCAGCAGCUGUUCCCCACUGGAAGAUUCCGCUCCAAACAGAUCUACGAGCAGGAGAUGAAACGAGGCCACAUUGAGCUGGACCUGGACAAAAUGCUGCUGUUUGGCACGGCUGGCAGUGGCAAGACGUGCUCCCUCGCUGCACUGCUCGGAGUGGACCCUCCCACCAUCCGACACAGCACUCCAGUCAUGAAAAGACCCAUCGAGGUCGUGUUCGUGGACGUUGACGGCAAAAAACAGUGGAAGAAACGAACAUUAGACCAACUGCCAGACUCCAUCGCUGAAGUAAUUCGGUCGCGAAUGCUACGGCAGCAGUCAGUGGCACAGAGCAGUGGUGCCCCAGCCUCCCUGGCCAGCAGUCUCCCCACACCGCAGCCAGCCAGUCAGCUCAGCCAACUCCAGGGAAGACGAGUAGCUCCACGUCUGAAGCAGCCGGGAAGAUCACAGCAUCCUCGGAGGAGAAGCCCAGCGCCAGGGAGCGGCAGGAGGCAGAAGUGAGGCUGGAUUCCAUGCUGCUGUCGAGUUCGGUGGACGAGGGGUUUGUACAUCUCAUCAACAGUGCUCCUCCCUCCCUGGAGCCCAUCCUGCGACUGAAGCAGUUCCUCGUGCUGGACUCUGGCGGCCAGCCCGAGCUUCUGGAGAUGAUGCCCGUCUUCCUGAGGGGCGCGUCCAAAUUCGUAUACGUCUUGAAGCUCCACGAGUCUCUUGACAAGCGAGCGACGAUCCGUUACUUCAAAGACGGCAAGCUAGUGUGGGAGUACCCAGCCUACCUGACCAACGAAGGGACCCUGAGACUGUGUGUGCGUACCAUGAGGUCCCUGAACAACAAGAACCCCGACAUCCCUCCCACCAAAAUGAUGUUUCUUGCCACCCACCGAGACUUGGUGGCAGAAAAGCAGCUGCCCGGAGUGCUGGACACUCUGCACAAGAGGCUGAGGGAGAUCCUCUUGCCUCAGUUCAGGGAGCAGCUCAUCUACUGCGAUACGAAACAGGACGACUUUGUCUUCACACUGAAUGCGGCAAAGCCGGAAAAGGAGGACAGGGAGUGUGCGGAGAGCAUUCGGGAGUGUCUUAGUAAGGAGGGGCAGGGGGGAAGGGAGGUGAAAGUGCCGUUGCGAUGGUACGCUCUGUACCAGAAGCUGCUGGAGGUGGCAAAUGAACGGGGGAAGAAGGUGCUGCCUCGAGAGCUGUGCCAGAAGGUGGCAGAGUCGAUGGAGAUGGAUGGCGAGUCGUGUGGGGAAGCCCUGAACUUCUUUGACGGUCUGAACAUGCUGUUCUACUUCCCCGACAUCCUGCCCCAGCUUGUGUUCAUGGAGCCACAGAUGUUGCUGGAUAAGGUCUCGGAGCUGGUGGAGGAGACCUACCACAUGAGGCAGGGAAAGAAGGGCCAAGCCGUGCCGGGGGAGAAGCUGAGGUUCCGUGACCACGGCGAAGUGACGGAAAAGUUUCUGGGCGAGUUCGAGAGCCACUACGAGCCACCUCUGUUCACACCCAAGGAGCUGGUGACCCUGCUAAAGGGGUUGCUGGUGUUUGCGGAGAUGUCGGAGGACGUGUACUUCAUGCCGUGUCUGCUGCAAGUGGUGGCGUGGGAGGUGGUGGAGGAACACCGAGUGAGUGGCAGGAAAGCCCUGGCUCUUCACUUCCCCGACAGCAGUCCCCUGAUGGGAACGUUCUGCUCCACUGUAGCUUACCUCCUGUCCCCCGAAAACAGUCACCCCUGCCCGUGGAGAGUGGCUCAGAAGAAGGAAGGAGCUCCGAAAUGCCUCCAUCGCAACGUCAUCAAGUUCACCGUUUCAGAUUACGCAGGCGCCGUUUCGCUCAUCGAUCACUUCACCCACUUUGAACUUCAUCUAUGCACCCACCCCAAAAAGGCAGCUCAGCUGUGGAAACUGGCACACGACGCAGUGUUUGCAGGUCUCAAGAAAGCAGGGAAGACCAUCGGCUACACAAACAACACUCCAGUCCCAGCCAUCGUAUGCCCCGCCCACCCCCGCCCAGCCAAACCCCACCCUGCCACUGUUGACAAGGACAGAGUGUGGACAUGCUCAAUUGACUCUGAAAAGUUUGGAGACGUUGACGAGGACUCUAUUCCAUGGCUGACCCUCUGCACGUCUACCUCUGCUGAGUCAGCCACGUCCUCUCUCUCCUCUUCAUCUUCUGCAGUUCCCCCCACUCCCCAGCCUCCCCUCUCUGUCUCCACAGCUCCUGCCUCCUCUACCACUGCCACCACUACUACCAACAUUCCUGUGUCAGAGUGUUUCAUAGUCUCCUCCACUACUGCCUCUGUUCCCUCUCUCUCCCUGUCCUCUCCUCCUGUCUCCACUACCACUACCAACACUCCUGUCAGCCAAUCUGUCUCUACCUCCUCCACUACUGCCAGUGUCUCCACAGCUCCUCAUCCUGUCUCCUCCAGUCCUGUCAUCGAGUGUUCCUCCACCUCCUCCACUACUGCCACAGCUGCUAUCCCUCUCUCCUCCACUGCUAGCACCACUCCUGGUGAGCCUCGUUUAGAAACAGUCUUCCCUACCACCACAUGAUGUGUGUAUGCAUCUAUACCCCUAAUGUAUUUACUGACUCUUACCUUUAGUUGUUGCUCUCUCUCUCUCUUUCACACUUUCUUCGCAGGUGAUGUAGUCUGUCGACCCACUCUGCCAGAGCUACUUCGUCUGGAAAUCCCCGAGGGAAUUGCCACAAGCUACACCACAUUUGGAAUCUUCCUCCUCAAUGACGAGACGGGGGAUAAAGUGAACAUCAUCGAGGACGAACACCGCGGGAAUCCAAAGAGGAUUUCUCGCAGCAUUCUGGGGGAGUGGCUCAGAGGAAAGGGACUUCCCGUGACGUGGGAGACUCUGGUCAAGGCUCUCAGAGACACCAAACUUUUUGCUCUCGCUGACAAAGUCCAGGCCGCAAAAUUGUAACCACAACUUCUCAUCUCUAUACCACACACCACUUUCUUCUCAUCUCUAUACCGCACUCACUUUCUUCUCAUCUCUGUGUUUUGUAUACUGCAGUCACUUUUGAAAUAAUUAU